CAGUAGUAAAGAGUGUAGGUAAUCUAUGAUUGAGAAAAAAAAAUGUGGCAACUACUGUGUAUUCUCGCACUCGUGAUCACCAGCGAAGCUAUGCCAAAGAAAUAUGCCGGGAUUCAGGUGAAAAAGCCAAUCAAUCCAAGAACUUCCUCUGGAAAUCGGCUCGACCCAACUUUAGUCCUACCUUCGAACUACAACCUGAAUUUAACAGUAACUAGAGAUAAUUUAGACAAUGGGAAGUUUGAUGGAAUAGCAAAAAUAGAGCUGUAUUUUGCCAAAGACACCGAUUCUUUUCAAAUCCACGCAAAAGACCUCACAAUUAGUAAGGUAACUUUGGCGAAAUCGGGCUUCAGUAGAGAUUUGACACCAGAGGGGCCGGACACCAACGACUGUGUUACAAUGAAAAGCAGUCAAACAAUAACAAGAGGAUAUGUUUACGUUUUGGAAAUACAUUAUACUGGGAAACUUAGCGAUACAGAUAUGGAUGGAUUUUACAGAAGUAAUUACACAGACGACGAUGGAAACACAAAAUAUUUAGCAACAACUCAAUUCGAACAGAUGGGAGCCAGAAGAGCGUUUCCAUGCUUUGACGAACCGAGUUUUAAAGCAACAUUCGACAUCAGCAUCACCUAUCCAAACACAAGUAUGGCGUUAUCCAAUACCAGGCCAAAAGCAGAUCCAAUUGACGCAGGAAAUGGUCUUCUCACAGUGACCUUUCAAACGACACCUGUAAUGUCGACUUAUGUGAUUGCAUUCAUCGUCGCAGAAUUCACGUGCAUAAAUGGUGCGAAUACUGCGGAUGGUACACCUACGAAAGUUUGUGGAAGGCCGGGAACAGAGGAAUUGUUUUCCGUUGGACUUGAAGCAGCUCCUGCAGCUCUUAACACAAUGGCUGAUUUCCUGAGUAUUUCAUACGGAAGUUUGGGAAUUAAGAAAAUGACGCAAGUUGCAAUUCCAGAUUUUGCAGUGGGUGCAAUGGAAAACUGGGGCUUGAUGACCUACAGAGAAUCUGAUCUACUAUGGGACGAAAACCAGUCAUCAAACUACGACAAACAAAUUAUUUAUAUGGAUAUCUCUCAUGAAGUGGCUCAUCAAUACUUUGGAGAUUAUGUCACUACAAAUUGGUGGUCCAAUGUUUUCCUGAAUGAGGGUUUUGCUACUUAUUUUGAAUAUCACGCUACUGCCGAAAUUCGAAAAGACUGGGAAGUGGCGAAACAAUUCGUUCUAGCAGAAGUCCAACCUGUACUAUUAAGUGAUUCUAGUGGUUGCUCAAAACCUUUGUCCUACGACACGAAUGAUCCUGUGGAAAUUCAAACCAUAUUUGGUGAUAUUUCCUACAAUAAAGGUGGUAGUGUGAUAAAAAUGUUGCAAAGCUUUCUUGGAAUCGAAAACUUUAAACAAGGACUUACUAGAUAUCUUAACAACAACGGUCAUAAUGUGGCUAACCCUGAAAUUCUGUGGGAUUCUUUCGAAGAGUCUAAACCUGACGAUGUGCCAGACACUGUGAAAACGGUCAUGGACAAUUGGACAUACAAACCAGGAUAUCCCCUUCUGUCGCUUACGCAAAACGGAAUUAACAUAACUAUUUCUCAAAAACGAUUUUUGUUGUCUGGUGACGAUACCGACGAAACCCAAUGGUACGUCCCCAUUACCUACACCACAUCUGCGGACCCAUCUGAAUUUACAGAAACAACUACAAAACUGUGGUUAACACCAGAUACAGAUGUGACCAUAGUUCUCGACAAUGAAGAUAGCUGGAUUAUCUUAAACAACCAACAAGUUGGUUAUUACAGAGUAAAUUAUGACCAAACACUUCUGUCAAAAAUUGAAACUGCUCUCAACUCUGAUGACCUCGACAACAUAGACGAGAUGAGUAGAUCUAAACUGGUCGACGACCAACUGAAUCUAGCCAGAGCAGGCAAGGCAGAAUACGCAGAUGUUUUGAACUUUUUGACAUUUAUGAAAAGGGAUUCUUCGUAUUACAGUUGGUCUUCGUUUUACAAUGGAUUUAGUUAUUUGUUUAAGAGAACCAAAGACGAAAGCUUAAGGAACCUGCUGAAAAAUUAUAUUAAAGAAUUGAUGGAAACACUGAAAAAUUCCGUUCCUUUCACAACGGAAAAACCAACCGACCAAAUUUACACACUCAAACAGGUUUUAGCGUUAACGUGGGCUUGUAACCUAGGAGAAACUAGCUGUGUUAACAACGCUACAGUGGCAUUUACUAGUUACACGAUGGACAACAACAUACCAAGUCGAAACUUGAAAAGUGUUGUAUAUUGUACCGGUUUGAAAAACAGUGAAAACCCUACAGAAGAUUACAAUUUUUUGUACAAUAAAUAUCUUUCAACCAAACUAGCUACCGAACAAUUGACAAUACUCAAAGCUCUAGGAUGUAUCAACGAUUCCACUCUCAGACAAGAAUAUUUGAAGCUAGCGCUGACUGACAAAAUCCGAAUCCAAGAUGUGCGAUACGUGUUCCAGUCUGUGUACUCUAAUAACGGGAACGAAGGUGUUGAUGAUACGUUGGAGUUUCUAAAGAAUAACUAUCAAGACUUUGAAACACACUUUGGAACUCAGUCCACUCUCACUUCUUUGAGAUCCAUUCUAACUUCUUUGAUAUCCACAGUCGCUGAUUUAAUUACAGAAGAGUAUCAAAUUGAUAAGUUGAGCGAGUUCUUAAAAACGGAAGGUUUAGAUGAGAGUGUUGUAGCAGCUGGUAACAAAGCAGUUGAAUCAGCUACAGGAAACUUGAAAACAAUCAGCAUUUUGGAAGGACAACUGAAUGAUUACUUUUCUCCACCCAGAUAAAUACUUACCACUUGGAAUAAAUUUAGCGCUCACCGAAGUCACAUUUUUCAAUUUCUUUUAAAUGACAUAGUAACGAGGACAUUAAAUUGUUUUGCAGCCAUUACUCUAACCUGUUAAUA